AUGGCAGUAAGACCGGGUGAUUCUCAUUUUGAAGAGACCGUUUUACGCUGGUUCGAUGAAGCUGACUCAGAAUAUGAUUCUCAUGGAAGUGACCAAGAAUUUGAGGACCAUAUGUCGGAACACUCACAUGUUGGAAGUGAGAUGUCAUCUUCUGAUAAUGAAGAUGAGAAUGAAGACACCACUGUUCAAGAAUCAGGUGUGUCUAUCAAGGGACCAAAAGGUGCAGCAAAAAGUAUUUCCACAGAAUUGGAAGGUUGGAAAUUGCUUGUUUCUGAUGGAAUUAUAAACAAGAUUGUUCUGCACACAAAUUCAGAAAUUGGCAGAAAAAAAAUGAACUAUACUGAAAAUUGUGGUUAUGUUGGUGAAACGGAUACAACUGAAUUACUUGCUCUUUUUGGUCUUCUUUAUAUAUCAGGAUGCAGAAAAGAUAAUCACCUAACAACAGCUGAAAUGUGGUCAAAAUUUGAUGAUAAAACUGCGAGAAAUCGCGAAGAUAAAUUUUCUCCCAUUCGGGAGAUAUGGGAAGAGUUUGAAUCAAAUUGUACAAAAUAUUAUACUCCUCAUGAAUAUGUGACAAUUGAUGAGCAGCUCCUGGGUUUUCGUGGAAAUUGUCCUUUUAGAGUUUAUAUUGCAUCAAAGCCAGACAAAUAUGGAUUGAAAAUAGUAACCAUGUGCGAUUCACGCACUUUUUACAUGGUAAGUGCCAUCCCAUAUAUUGGAAAAGAAGUAAGAGCAAAUGCAGAACCCUUACCACAUUAUUACGUAAAAAAGCUCUCUGAAUCUAUUCAUGGAACAGGACGUAACAUAACGAUGGAUAAUUGGUUUACCAGUAUUCCACUGGCAGAUAAUAUGGUGAACAAUUACAAUCUAACUAUUGUCGGAACACUACGUAAAAAUAAAAAAGAAGUUCCUUCGUCAUUCCUGGCAAACAAAAAUAAAGAAGCGCUAACUUCGCAAUUUGCCUUUGACCAGAAAAAAACAUGGUUCACACAUAUUCAGUCUCGCGGAAGACCAGAAGGUGGCCCUUACGAUACUUUUAUGGCAUACUGGAUCAAGCUGGUGUAA